GCCGUCGUCGUGUGUAUAAUAUACGAAAUAUAAACGUGUUGCCCCGGGUCAAGUCGCGCGCGGACCGCUGUCGUCGGCGUUGGCGUUCAUGUCUCUUUAGUCUCUCUCGCUCACUUGCUCGCUCUCUCUUUCUCUCUCACACUUUAUCUCUCCAUCGGAACUGUUACUGUAAUAUUAUGUUUAUACACGACAUUAUACGUUUAUAUUUUAUAAGUUUAUAACCAUUAUGUACAUUUAACUGGUAUAUUAUCGACUAGACAUAAUAUAAUAUUAUUAUUAUUAUUAUAGGUAGGUAUACGCGAAUUAUAAGGGUCAAGACAAUAAAUCGGGAACGACGGCGGCGACGGCAUUAUCGGGGUGUUAUACAACAAUAAAACAGCUUCCAGACAAUAACAAAAAAAAAACAAAAACGAUUUUUAUUCCUAUUUAUUACAUCGGUUUACCGCGAGUGCUGGACAUUCGCGAACCGGGCGUGCCCCUGCGUGGGCAGAUACCUCGAGUGGGCACGCGACGACCACAGCGGCUGGUCCGAAAUGGCACACACCGUCACACACCUGGACAUCAUACCGUCCAGGCCGGUCGCGUCGCGUACUCUCAUGUCGCCCAUGUGCUGUCGUUUUUGUCGUAAUAAUCGCAAUAUUGUGCCAAUAUAGCGUGGUGUUGAUGUUUGUGCCACCGCUAUAACCAGUGGCGUGUAGUAUUAUCGUCGUCGCCUUAGUCGUUGUAUAACUACUAUAUAAUAUUAUAAUAUUAUCGUUUUCACUGUCAAUUACCAUCGGAAAUACAACAGUCGACGUCAAAAUGGGUUUCGGAUUGUACGCCGUCGUAAUCCUCGCCAUUUUGGGAACGGUAGCGUCCAAAAUCGACGGAGGAUGGGACACGGAGCCGAACACACAGUACCAUAUACAGACGGACGAGGGGCCCGAAAGGUAUUUCAAGUAUCAGACCAUUAGUGGUCAGUACCGUAAGGAAAGGCGACUGCAAGAUGGAAGCGUGGUCGGAACGUACGGCUGGGUAGACGCAGACGGUUAUUUGAGACUCAACGACUACGUAGCCGAUUCGAAGGGUUACAGAAUAGUGAAGAACAAGAAGCUGUUCGUCGGCACCCAGACGCCCGUCAGUCAAGCCGUGUCGGCGGCCAAGUACGUGCCGCCGAUAGCCGGCACGGCCGUCUCGGUGUCACCGUACCGGUCGGCCACGGCCACGAUCGUCACCCGGCCGGCGGCCGUCGUAGCGGUCACUCGAGCGCCGCCCAGCGAAUCUUCGUGGCGCGGUUCGCCGUUCGUGUACCCGUCCGACACCCAAUCGUCGCCACUGCGGUUCCCCGCGGCCGGAUCACCGCCGCGCUCGUUGGCCUCUCAGUUCCGGCGGCCGCAGCCUAGCAGCACCGCGUCCCCCGCCGCUGACUAUAACUAUUCCGUGCGGCCGGUGGACGUCAACUCGAUCGCGGGCACCGCGGACGGCGGAAACGGUGACGACGACGACGACGCACGACGACGACCGUACAGGCGGCGUUCGUCAUCGUCGUCCACUGAGGCCACGGUCGCGGCGUCCACGGCCGCGGAACAGCAGCCAUUGUACGAGCAACCGUUGCGGCCGCACACGUUCCGGCCCGCAUACCGCAAGGUGGUGGAUAUGUCAGCCAGAACGACGCCAGAACCACCGGCGGAACAGGCGCAGUACGACGGCGUGUCGUUCGUCCGGAACGGCUUCAAGUACUACCUGCCCCGGCACUACCACGAGGAACAGUCGGACGACGCGGGUGACACGCGAGCCGGCAGCUUCGGUUACGUGGACCCGUUCGGCAUCAGGCGGGUGGUCUACUACAACACGGCGCCCGGCACCGGGUUCGUGCACCGCAAGAACAACCGUUACGUGGGCCUGGACGCCGAGCCCUACGACCCACGUCCGUCGAUAUGAUCGGGCCAUCGUACCGCCGACGACGGGUCCUGUCCGACAAUGUAUUAGAAUAAAGGCGGGUGUCCACUAUACGCGUCGUAACCACGGUAAGAACGUGGUUAAUCACGCGGUAAUCUAACCUAACCGACCGAUCGCAUUUGAAGGAUUUACGCGAACUCGUAUAUAGUGGAAACCCGCCUUUAUAAAUUAUUAUUGGUCGUCGUCGUCUUCGGGUUAGGUCACGUAACACGGUGCACGUGUACAUAUUUAUAUAUAUAUACAGCAGAACCAUAACAAACCAUAACCCCGCGCAGCCGGUCGCCCGGGGGAUGCGCGCGCAUAACGUAAUAAUAAUAGUAUUAUCGUAUAGUCACAUCAGCUAUCGCGUAAUAAUAUUAUAUUAUAGAUGGUUGUAUUACGCACACGAGCCAUAACGCAAAGUUAAAGAAUCAUCAUCCGUUUUCCUCCGGUGCAGCAGCAGCAGCGAUACUCGUAGGUACAUAUAUAUGUAGGUAGUUGUAAUAAUGAUUAGUGUUAGUUUUUUAUUAUUUUCUUGUUCUGAGAUUCUCUCCCCCUCGUACAACAAUUUUCAUUUGUCGCCUAUAUAAUAAUAUAUAAUAUGUAUACGAUAUUAAUGAUAUAGAAUAUGACUACAACUACUAUAUAGACGGUGUCGUAUAAUACAAGUAGAAAAACUCGCAAUUUAUUAGAAUAUUAUAAGAUACACACUCGGAGACAUUCGGUGGGCGUGCAUUACGACUGGAGACUUGAUGCGGACCGCACAAUAAAAUACGUAUAGGUAAUAAUAAUAAUAAUAUAUUAUAAUAUGUAAUUAUUUUCAAAACAUUGCCAUUAGUGUCGCCGUUCGACGGUGACGAUAACCAGUAUAGGCUGAGUGUAGACUAUAUAUUAUAUUAUUAUAGGCACUGCUACAACAGUAGUUGCUGAUAAUUAAUUUUCAACUAUAAUGUAGGCAGGUAUGCAGCGCCCAGUGGUGUACUGAUAAGGUGGAGAGUAGGUGAAACAGCUAAUUGACCGAUAUACCGCGUGACCACAAAAACAGGGUACACAGAAAAAAGUGAAGUUGUUGCGCACGCGCAAGAGUUAAAAAAUAUUAAGUCAUGGGAAUUAAUCAGCCAAUAGUUGUUUAGUCUUGUGUCCCACGAACAGAGUUCAAAACUUUGUAUAGGGUACUGAGUAAUAUAAGUAACAGAGUUAAAUAUAGCGUACCCUGCAGGCUUUGUAGACAUACGGUAUAUUAUUUUGUCGCGUCACAGACUGUUACCAAUAGAAUCGUUCUCCGGAAAUAUUUUACCAAGUUUGAAAAAAAAAAUGAAAACAAAAUUCAUAUUUUUUUUUUAUA